AUGCGCGAGUUGGUGCACAUCCAGGGUGGCCAGUGCGGCAACCAGAUCGGGGCAAAGUUCUGGGAAGUCAUUUCUGAUGAACAUGGUAUAGAUCCUACAGGCACCUAUCAUGGAGAUUCCGACCUCCAGCUCGAGCGCAUCAACGUCUACUACAAUGAGGCCACAGGGGGCCGUUAUGUACCGCGCGCCGUGUUGAUGGAUUUGGAGCCAGGCACCAUGGACAGCGUCCGUGCUGGACCUUUUGGCCAGCUUUUCCGUCCGGACAACUUCUGCGGUGGCGGAUUUGGUCAGACUGGCGCAGGGAAUAAUUGGGCAAAAGGUCAUUAUACGGAGGGCGCGGAAUUGAUCGACAGCGUGUUGGAUGUGGUCCGCAAGGAGGCAGAGGGAUGUGAUUGCCUUCAAGGGUUUCAAAUGUGUCACUCACUCGGAGGCGGUACCGGAGCUGGCAUGGGGACGUUGCUCAUUUCCAAGGUGAGAGAGGAAUAUCCCGACAGGAUCAUGGAGACGUUCAGUAUCAUUCCGUCCCCAAAGGUUAGCGACACAGUCGUGGAACCAUAUAAUGCGGUAUUGUCUUUCCACCAGUUGGUGGAGAAUGCCGACGAGGCAGCUGGAGGGCUGAGCAUUUUCAGCCGGCCUGCAGGUUGA